UGAGAUAAACCGUGCUAGAUUCAGAGGCAGUUGUUGGAUUGGCAUGGCUGUGUGCAGCUCAGCACUGCCAUCUACAUCCAUGAGGCUCCUGCCUGGACAUUUGGAUUCUCUCUGCACAGCAACACAGCCUUGAUACGGUGCUGGACAGCGUAACAGUCAGCUGUGCUGUGUUUUCACAGCAUGUUGCAGGGCAUUGGGAGAUAGAGGUAAUAAUAACGGGGGACAACCUUACCACACACUUGAGCGAUGUUCUGUGAGCCUCUCUCUCUCUGUCUCGUUUAAGACCAUCAGGCUUUUCUACACAGAGACCUGGGACUAAUGGAGGGAUGCCAUGAUGUUGCUCUUUGCUUGUCAUGCUUGAAUCCCAGCUUCAUAUAUCCUUUUGUGUCAGAGACCGUAUUGUCUUCGUCUGUCACUGCCGCCAGAUCAACCGUGGGGUAGCGUGGCGGACAGAGCCCCCUCCUCAACCCCCCUCUCCCUUGUCUGUGCCCCCGGCUUCUCAUCACUCCCGGCUCGCUCGUGUCUAUUUACCUCUCUUAAGCUGCCCUCCCCUCUCUGUUAAGCUCUGUAUUUCUUGCUCUCCCGCUCCCUACUGCUUACUAUCUCCCUCUCUUUACUCCUUCAAAGCAGACAGUGUGCUAUUCUAUCCAAGCAGCUUGCUACAUGAUCUCCUGGAAAACCGUUUUCACCACUGCUCUGCCGCCUCACAAUUCCUUCGCCCUUUCAGAUUUCCAUCUCUACAACGGCAGGAUGUUCCUUCACGAGGAUUGAUCCCCAUUCACCCCCUUUCACUUUCCCCUUCCCCUCCCUUGUCCUAAUCUCCUGCCCUCUGACCCUCACCCUCUUGUUCUCUGCCCCCACCCUUCCUCUUCUAUUCGCAAUUACCCCGAGCCUCUUUCCCCCGUAAUUCAUUUCACCCCUUGACCAUGUUGCCAUGCGUCUGCUGGCUCCAACGUAUCCUCAUCUUGCUGUCCUCUGUCUUAUGGACCCGGGGGGAAAACUGCCCAGCAACCUGCAUGUGCCCAGAUCCUCACACUGUGGACUGCAGUGGCCGCGGGCUAACCCGUCUACCCAAUGAGAUCCCCUUGGAUGUGCGCAGGCUGUUGCUGGCUGACAACUUGAUACCCCGCAUCCCCUCGGACUUCCUGGUUCUAUACAGUGACUUGGUCUACCUGGACCUCCGGAACAACUCCCUCUCCCACAUUGAACCGGGGACUCUCAGCACCUCUUCCAGGCUGGUCUUCUUGGACCUAGGCAGCAACAAUCUGACUGAAAUCCCUAAGGGGACUUUUGGGGAGUCUCGGAGCCUGAUCAAGCUACGGCUGGGCAACAACCCAUAUCUGAGCUUGGUGAAUGAGGAUGCCUUCCUUGGCCUCACGUCUCUGAGAGAACUGGAACUGGAGCGUAAUGCACUGUCUACUCUACAUGUGGGGGCACUGAGUCAGUUGCCCUCCCUGCGGGCAGUGAGGCUAGAGGGCAACCCCUGGGUGUGCAACUGCAACUUUGCCAGCCUGUUCGCAUGGCUGAUGGAGAACAGCCACAAGCUUCCAAACGGGGUGGAAGGCAUGGAGUGCUCCAUCCCCAUGGACGGCAGACGUGUGUCCCUGACCCAGCUCUCCAAGGACAGUUUCCGUGAGUGCCAGGCCACCCUGACUCUAACAGACCUGCUAAUCAUCAUUUUCUCUGGCAUCUCAGUGUCUGUGGUGGCCAUUAUGACAAGCUUCUUCCUGGCAUCAACUGUUCAUUGCUUCCAGCGCUGGAGUAAAGGCACCAAGGGGGAUGAGGAGGAGAGUGAGGAGUGAGAAGGGUUUCAUUUUAAGGACCCUGUGUGGUCCUGGUACUUCAAACAAUGAGAGGACACCACAGACAGUGUGUGCUACAUGUGACAAAAUUUCAUGUUGCCUCCUCCCUGGAGAAAAUCCAACUGUUUAAACGGUAGGAUCUUGCCCUGGUACAGUUGCAGUUGUUUUCUUUGCACAUGAAAUAUGGUAACAAAGGACAUUCCCAAGGAAUGAGUCCCAAUAAAAAUUAGUGUGUGCCCUGCUCCACUUGCAAAAUUAUAUUAUAGAGAUCGUAUUUUUGGCUGUGAGAGCAUGUGGUCAUCUUUUAUGGCUGCUGGCUCUUGGUUCAAUGUUGUAGUAGGCCUACAUAAAUAAAGUGAGGCUAACACCUUUAUAAUGAGAGAGUAAAAGAUUUAAAAGAAAAGUGUUGCUGCAGCGCUGUCACAUUAGUAGUAGACAAGGCGAUAACUUCGCAACAUGUAAUCACAUCAGCCUGAAAUCCUGUAAAGUUAGGGUAAACUUUUAGAUGAUUUUCAUGGAGUUUAUCUGUGUAGGGCAGAAUCUGUGAUCCCAUAAAGAAAGGAUGUCAUACCGACCAAUGACCUCAGUAAUUAACUGCCUAUACCAUGAUAUGCUGGCAUAUCCUGCCAUUUACAAUGUCUUUUUUUUUUUUGGACAGCCUCACUCACAUUCAAAAAUGGCUCACAACUACUGUUGGCGAAUACUGUUGUUCCUUCUGCACGUAAAAUUAGACAGUGGCAAAGGGUGUCAGUCAAACAGGAAGGAUUUGGACAAUGGCGAGGUGUUUCUGUAGGUAGCUGAUGUGUUGUAGGCAGGAACAAUUUCCAGUAGGUCUACACAUUCUUCUAGCAGUAUAUUCAUUAUAUAAUCACAAAUUGAUGUACAAUAGAAAACAAUGUACAGUCAACCAAAUAUAAAUCAAGAGGAUAUACUGUAUGCUCCUUAGAAUUGAUAACUCUGACCUGUGUAGAAAGAUAAAAUAACAGUAUACUCUUGAAAAUUAUGACAAAUACGGUAUUAAAAUAGAAUCUACGUAGUAGUAACUAUUGUGUCAAAUAAUGCACUUUAUAUGGUGAAGCUAAUUUUGGCAAGCCCCUAAUUAUACUAUGUAGACUGGUUUUGUCUUCAUCUGCCAAAGAUUAGGUGAAGGAGAGAUUGCAUAUGGACUUUGUUGUGGUAGGGAUAGCUCCUUAAAAGCAGGCAGCACUAUAGCCAAAUCACUCUUUGUAUACUAUACUUAAACAGUUACGGUCUCCAAAGAUUAUCAUUUACCUCUAGAACCAGCUGUCUUACAUUGCUUCAUACAUGGCAGUCUUCAACCUCUGUUAUCACAGUCACUUCAGAACAAAAAGUUAUUCACUGUCCAAGAGGUUUGUGUCUUUAGGAAUAAAUAGAUGUUUUUUGUUUUGUUUAAGAUAACCAGAAUUGAUACAUCAUGGACUCUCAGUCAGCUUAUUUUUCUUUUACUAAACAUUUUCUGAUGUAUUAUAGUAAAGCUGCUGAUUUAAUAUCCUGGAAAAGUCUCACAUCAAAACGUAUUGUAUCAACAGCAUCUGCAUUCACAAGAGCGACAGUACAGUCAAAUCCAAAUUUAAUAAAGUAGCAUCCUGAAUAUUAUGGGUUUCUGUUUGUUAUUUGAAUCAUGUAUGUUUAAAUCCUCCAUUAGGAUUUGGAAUGCUCAAAACUGGAGUAUUAUUAUUAUAAAACAAUAUAUUUGUAUUUUCCCCAGCGCUAAGCUAUGUUGCUUUUGCUUCUUCUUGUAAGGCAUGAAUAAUGCAGCGAAAUUGAGAUAUGAACCAGAAAAAAAUGUCAAGCUUUUAAAUGCAAACAAGCAGAGGAUAGACAAAGAGACAUGAGCAAAUAGUUAUAAUUUCUGUGUGGUUAAUAAAAGAAAAAAAGAAUUGCAAAUACCUGUGUCCCUUAAGAACAAGUCAUAACCCUGAAUGUGCAGCAUUGGUAAGCACAUUUUUGCAACAAUGACAAUAAAUAAAUAUAGCCUUAGUUAUUAAUUUUUUGUUAUUUUUUCAUUUGCAUUAGCAUCAAUAAAAGCACAAAGAUUUCACAGGAAACUUAUGUGAUUCUAGUACCAUCCUGUAUUGUCACGGUAUGUUUUUAUUAAUGUGUAUUGUCACGUUAUGUUAUAAAAUGCCACAUCCUUAUAAACAGUGUAAGAUUUGUAUUGUAUGGGUGUCGUGUUUUUGCCAGAAUUCAAAUGCCUACUGAUUUGAAUUGAAGACACAUUCAUUUGAUUUUGAGGACAAAUUCAAGGCACAUGCCUAUCAGAAAUUAAUAUCCAUCUAUAACAGCCAAUUGACCUUUCGCUAAACCCCUCCUCUGAACAGCAAUUAUGCAAUAGCUUGGUGUAUAACUAGGCACGUCAGCAGGCCUGUCCAGCUUUGGAUUUCUACCCAUGUUGAACCAUUGUGUGUGAAGAGCGAUACUCGGUAUCUCAAGGGUUUGGAGGUUGGUUUGUUUUGCAGUAGUCUUCAAAAACGCUAAAACAUCACAAAUGUGUGAGGAAUGGAUUUGACUUUGUCUUUAUCUGCACUGAACGUAACCUGCAAACAUAAGCACGUCCAGCUAACUAGCUUACUACAGUAGAAACCAAAUGUUAAUUCCAAAGGGAGAGUGUCUAUGUUGCCUCAGCCCUAUGUUCUCUCAGCCCUAUGUUCACUCAGCUCUGUGUUCCCUCAGCCCUAUGUUCCCUCAGCCCUAUAUUCCCUCAGCCCUGUGUUCUCUCAGCGCUAUGUUCCCUCAUCCCUAUGUUCCCUCAGCCCUAUGUUCCCUCAGCCCUAUGUUCCCCCAGCCCAGUGUUCCCUUAGCCCAGUGUUCUCUCAGCCCUAUGUUCCCUCAUCCCUAUGUUCCCUCAGCUCUAUGUUCCCUCAGCCCUAAUCCUAACCCCUAAACCAAGAUGAUUAGUAUUAGGCCUACUGCAGCAAUGAAUACAAGGUCACAUAUCCAAAACAUAAAAUAUGACCGGGGGUGUGUUGAUGGAGGGUAUGUGGCCUCAGGGAACAUAGGGCCUUAUUUUGUGGCCUCAGGGAACAUAGGGCCUUAUUUUGAUUGGGGGGGGGGGAUUCAUAAAAAUGAGGGAACAUUGGGCUGAGGGAACAUUGGGAUGACCCCCUUCCAAAAGUAGUGGGCAUGUUAGCUUACUCCAUUAUUUUGUGAGGUUACAGGUUACAUUAAAGACAUACCCGUUCAGGACUGACGCAUCCAAAGUUUGGGAGCCAAGAUCCUACUAUAUCAGAUCACUUUAAAGUAAUGAUAGCAGCUCAGUCUUGCUCUGUGUUUGUUUUGGGGAAGUUGACAUUCCAGCAACUACAGACAAACUUGUGUUAGAUCGAUGCAAGGAUGACAGUAAAGCAUAUGAAAAAUAAAGGAAUAGCCUAAAUCUCACCACUGUAGGCUAUUGCUUGCUCAGGUAUGUUUUUCUAUAGUAAGCAACCAAACAGUUCAACGGUUCUCUUUAGAAUAAAUACCAUUUUAAUUACAAUUUCAUUACAAUACUAUGGGGCUAACUAGCUACCCUAAAAUACACAAACAAUGUUGUUUCUUUGUUUACAUGUCCUGUACAUUGAUCAACAACUGGUGAGCCUGCUGACGUCUGGUAAAUGUAGCUUUAGCCUCAGUCUUUUAGCAUAUCAUGCCCGUCAAGUACAUAUUUAAGACCUUUUAACAUGGUUCUCGUUUUAAAACGUGUCAGACGGGAACAUAAAAAUGUCAGCUGGAGACAGACUUCUCAGCUGACUCCAGUAGCUUUAGCAUUAUCUUACAUUAGCUAGCUACACUUCAUCAUCAUUUUAGGUGACAAAAUCCAUGGUCUUCAGCCAGACAUGGGAAGCAUGCUUCUAUUUACUUCUGCGUAGAAUUGAAGACCCAGUUUUUCAAAAGGUAGGCCUACCGCAAAUUACAUGGUAAGUCUGCCAUUGUUAUCUCUGAAACUGCACGUGUGCAGUGCGAGAAUGGAAAGCUUUCCGCAACAACAGUGAGUAAGAAGGGCGGGGUUUAGCGAAUGGUUAAUUCUCACAUUAGAUACAGUCUUAAAGGGUAAUGCCAAUGAAUUUCAUAUUUUUAAGUCUGCCAUUCUUAUUAUCACAGUCACCUAAUAUUGCUCAUAGCCAGAGUAAAGGUGCCCCACAGUUAUGUUCACAUGGAAAGACUGAAGGUAUGGAGGGGACAUUUAGGAACUCAAUUCCCAACGACAAGUAUAAAACCAUUUUGAUUGUGUUGGCAUGAGAGGAGUCAGGUUCUCAUGUUCAUAAAACAAAAACAUUUGGAAGCUUAAUACCACAAGAAAAGCUAAAGUGGAUUAAUUAGGUUGGGUGGUUUACUGCUUCACGUGAGCUUUCUUAACUGAUAUCUGAAGGUGCAGAUCUUUAGUUAAGUAAUCAGAGGGAGACUUUUUAUACAUAUCAUUAUUUCCAACUACUGUGUAGUUACUGUAUAUUAACAAAUUAUUAUGUUAGCUUAGCUGUUAGCUUGAAUCAUAUGUUAGCAUGACAAUUUCCUUUCUCUUACUCAUUUUAUUAAGUAAUAAAUAUCAGCACAUUAGAGCAUGCACUGUUGAGUUACCUACAGUAUAAAGUUCAGAAUUAUGUCUAUUUUUCUAUUAAACCUUUUAGAAUGAAGCAUUUAUUUACUCUGUCAGUCCCCAAAGUAAUCAUUUGGCAUUGCACACCCUGGAAAGCAGAGACAAUGGUGGCUGCUUUCGUACAGUUUGUCUUGACAUAAUUAAAAUACCAAAAUCCAUGUUAUGUUUUGUUAAAUAAAUGUCAGAAUGGCUCAAAUCUAAAUGGAGUGAGAGAAAAGAGUGUGAUGCUGUUUCUGCAGCUGAAUGCAUUUCCAAAUGUCAAACGGAUCGUAUGUGUAGCUGUAUAUUGAUGUUUGGUUAAAAAAAAUAACAAUGAAAUAAAAUCCUUUUUUUCUG